GUCGUCGUUGUCGUUCGGUGGUGUGUUACGUGAAUUUUCCAUGCUAACCGAUUUUAUAAAGUAGGAAAAAUUGUGAAAAUUUUGCUAAAGCUUACUUAACGGUGCCAGAUAAUUGUUCAUAUAUGUAAAUGAAGAAAAAUUUACUCGAAUUCGAGAGUGUAAAGGCAUUUGUACAUUUUAGAAAGGAUUUUCGUUGAAGCUGCGCUUCUACUCGCCGUGCCUCCAGAGCAAAGAAAAAAAGGGAAUAAAGUUGUUGGCAGUAGUGACACAAUUUUCACGCACACAUUUGUACAAACAUUUUAUUGUGAAUUUAUAUACGAAAACGGGAUUUCUAUGGAGCUCAUAUGGACCGCAAGCGGAAGUCGGAAGCGGAAGUUGCUUGGAAGUUAGUGUGUGUUCGUUUGUCUCGAAAGUGUUGCGUGCAUAGCGGUUAGGCGGCUGAAAAGUGUCGUUAGAGGUGUUCGCUAAGCCCCUCAAGUUUCCAAUAAUGAUAGGCCUACAUUCAGUAGAUACUUAUGCACGUACGUAUGUAGGUGACAUUUAUUCUUGCUAUCUUGUCACUUACUCACCAGCUAUGUACUUGCAACAUAUAUUCCCAGUGACCUGCCACUUUUCUAUAUGCGCUACUCGUUUUGCUCGUACAAACAACAUGCGAGAGCGAACACACACGCACGCACACACAUACAAGCCCCUUAGGCGUAAUCGCAAAGGGCCUCUGUGCAGUUGUGGUUGCUCAUACCACCCAGCGUACCAACAAAUGCCUUUGCUGCUUUGCUAAUCGAUUUUGUUUCCGGCAUUUUUCACGUGGUCUCAGCUCCUACUCAGCCUUUACUCAUUUCUACGCUAAAAGUAUGCAAUUGUUCUUGUUGUUGGUUGCUGUUUUUCGUUUUGCCUUUCGCUUGCAGGCGUUUGUUGUUGUGCCUCUUUUCUGUAGUAGCGCCGAACGUCCCUGCCCCUGCCCCUGCCAUUGUCAUUCUUCAUCGCUCGCGUGUUUUGUUUUUAUUCUUGAAUGCUCGCUUGUCAGCAGUGUCAGCUGGCUAACGAUUUUUCGCCGAAAAAGCGUAGAGUAAGUUUGGAAUAAUGUGGCUGGCUAGUGGAUUAAAUUAACACUGUUUGAGGGGCCAAAGCUUUGUGGUGAAGUGACCAGUUUAUUGCCAUUUUGAUGGCUCCUUGGCUCCAUGACUGGUUGCUGCUGGUGGCUUAAACAGCGCUGAUGGUGCCUUAGUUAAAUUCUCGACGCAUCUGCAGUUCGCUUGUAUGUAUGUGUGUGUGUGUAGUCGCGCGGUAAAAGAGUUCAAAAGGGGCUCUGUCAGCCUCUGCAGGCCAGUCGGAGCGCAUUUUCCUGCUGUGUGUCUUUGUUGUUGUCGCGUGUGUUGUUGGUGCUGCUGGUCUGCAGCUGCUGUUGGCGCUGUUGAUGUAGUUGUAUAUCUGCGUUUUGACCUAUCGACCGGAUUUUUGUUGCUGGUGCGUGCCACAGCCAAAAGUAUUCGUAUACGCGCGUGCGUGUGUGUGUGAGUGCAAAGUAGUAAUCGUGAAUUUUCUCGCAGCAGUCACAAAUAAAAACUAAUAAAAAAGGUGAAGAAAAAAUAAUAGAGUAAAAGACGAGAGGUAAUUUUAGGCUAUUAUUCAUAUGCAUCUGUGUGUGUGCGUGUUUGCAAAAGAAUCGUAUGUGAAAAUAACUGCUUCAUUUACUUCCUCCUCCUGUGUAUUUCUCGUAACUUUCUAAGCGCCGACGUCUCGCUACAUGCAAAUUACAUAAUGUGAAAUGCAUGCAGGCAUAUAUGUGUGAGCGUGUAUGUGUGCAUACGAGUGUUUUCGUGCUGGUAUUUGUGUCUCAGCGCACAGCUGACUGACUGACUGCCACAGAGUCUGACUCAAGUGACCGCCUGUCUGCUUUUUCGCGUCUGGCAGCGCUCACAAACAAAAAAGGACUUGAAAGUGCAAUUGCCAUAAAAAAUUUUCAUACAGUUGCAGAAGUUAGUGCAACGUGACCGGUGCUGCUGCUGCUGCAACACCGCGUCUUGCGAAGCGCUUCAUAUGAACGGUAUUUUUUUACACUUUGUCAGUGGCACGCAGUUUAGCCGCAACGCUCAGCGCAGUCAGACAUAAGGAAUCAACGUGCAAUAGCUGCAGGGUGUGAACGGCGGAGGUGUUAGAAUUUCGCUGUACGAAGUAAACGAGAUAUGAACUGCGAGUCGUGGUCCGGUAAAAACAAAAGCAAAAUUAGAAAGCUACUUCAACUGCUCGCUUAAAAUCGAACGAAAAUUGGCUAACGUUAACAACGAAAUUUUAUAAAAAAUCUAAUUAGUAAUUAAAAUUAUUGAAUAGAAAAACAAGAAAAAUAAAAAUAAAAAAAUAUAUUAAUUUCAAUAUAAUUGGCAAAAAAAAUUUAAAAAAUACUACAGAAAUUAUUUUCAAAACUAAUCAAAGCGAAAGAUUUCUCAAUUGAAAGAGCAGGCAACAAAUAUAUCUACUCAAAUCGAAUACAUUUAGGCAUCACUAACCUAUAUAUUUAAAAAAAAAUUACCCAAACCAAUAAACGAACUAACGCGCAAAUUUAUUGUGAAACUCACUGUGCUAAGCGGAAAUAUAAUAAAAUACGGCCUAAAAAAAAUAUGAAAUAAUUUUGUAUAACGCGCUUAAUUUUAAAUUUUUCGAAAAAAAAAUUAUGAAAGUUAACAGUUAUGAAAUAGUAUUCUCUCAAUAAAAUAUGUAUCAAAAAAGUGUUCAUUGAUUGCUUAAAUGAUUGCCUGAAUAUUGGUGAAGCUAAAAAAAUUCAAAAUAUUUAGAUUUAAAAAACACUGGAAAGCAGAAAAGGAAUAAGCAAGAAAAGAAAUUUAAAAAGUGGUACAAUCAAUGAAUAAAGGCCUGAUUUAUUUUGUUCACCAAAUCUUCAGCUUCGAAAGAAAAUACGCUCUCAAGACAAGAGCAAGCGAAAAAUGAAAAAAAUGAAUAACUAAAAAAAAACAUAUGGUUAAAAAUAUUUUAGGCAUACUCAAAAAUUAUAUCAAUACUAUUAAAUAAAUUCUUCAAAUCAUUCUAAAAAAUAAAUUGAAGCAAUUUAAAAAAAAUUAUUAAAAACUAAAAAAAGACUUAAGGCAUUUUCAAACCGACAAACAUUCCGUUAUUUUGUGGACUUCAUUAAUGGUCGCUAAUCGUCGUAAAGCGUAGCCGAAUGCGAAUCUUAAUUACAUGCAAAAUAAAUGGGUACAAUGAGGCCAAAUAAAUACGAUGUUACCACAGCUUACGGUCUAUGCCAAGAUUAUUUACCUCCUGAUGGUGGUGAUUUCGGGUGCAUUAUGUACAGUAGAAGAUUAUGUAAUAAUGUCACAGUGUGCACACAACAAAGCCAUACAUGUAGCUGCGGAAGGAACAGUCUCAGUGACAGACAUUUCACAGACACAAAAUAUAACGAUAGUCGGCCUCCCGGACUAUGUGAACAACAAUCUCAAAAUAGCACUGUACGCAAAAGAAACACAACGGUACCUGUGUUUCAACGAUCAGUGGAAACUAGUUGGAAUGAAAGAACUGCGCGACACCUGCUACUUCAACGAAACCAUCGUACACGGUUAUUUCGUGUUUCGUUCCGUAGUCGAUCUGCAGCGACGUGUCGGCUUCACGCACCGAGGUAAGGCGGUCGGGCCGAAGAAGAAUGUCAACGAUGCCUGUUAUCUAUUCACGAAGAUACAGGCCGAUCAGUUUUUCCAUCAGCACACCAAUUACUUUGCACCGAAAGCGAAGAGCACCAAAACCAUUAGCGGCAUUAGCACAUCACCACAAACAACAGCAACAACCACACAUACAACAUCAGGAGCCUCAGCGAGAUUGUCGUCACAGCGAGCAGCACUCUCGGCGGCAGCAACAACAGCAACGGCAACGGCGACAGCUACUGCGUCACAACGCAGCCACAACAACAAACUGUUGCGCAACAACAACAAAAAUAAGCGAGUGAAUGGCAUGCGCAAUAACAACAAAACUAAUAGCAACAGAAAUAGCAACAAUAACCAAAAUGAAGAGUACUCUAAUGGCCAUAGUAGCAAUUUAAGCAGCAACAGCAACAACAACAACCCGAGCAGUAGCCACAAUAGCAACAGUAGUAAAUUAGUUAGUAAUAGUCAGCAACAGCAGCAGCAAAUCGUUGUAAGUCAGCAAAAGCAUCACAAUUAUAAUAACAACACCAACAACAACAACAAUAGCAAUAGCCGGACACGCGAACAUGUGCGCCAGCAGCAACAACAUCAGGUGCGGCAUCAUCACAAUGAUCCGAACUUGAUUGCCCGUCGCCAGCAGCACGAGCACAAACAGAAGCGACGGCAACAUCAGCGUCAGCAGCAGCAACGACUGCGCAGCGGCAAAAUAACUAGUCCAGCAACAACAACAGAAGCUCAAAAAGCUGCGCAGGAGCAUGCAUCGGCCACACCAACUUUGGCAGGUCGUGGUGCUGCGAUGGCAACAACAACACAAACUACUUUCAGCGCGACAGUAGCAGCAGCAGGAGCAGCGUUAACCGGCAGUUACAAGCAACGAAAGCACGAGAACGGCGCCCACACAACUGCCGCAAAUGUUGCUGAAAAGGGUGCGGCAGCAACUACAACAACAAUAACAACUAUGAAAACAACGACGAUUGCGAAUAAGCGCAAAGGGCGACGAAGAAAAGGACGCAAGCAGAAUAACCAACAGCAGCAGCAAAAGCUCGAGCAACAAAUGCUGCCCCUUCGCUCGCAGCCUUUCACUUUCAAAUCGCAGGAAUCGAGGCAUGACGCUGCCACACCAACGCAAACCACUUGGCUGUGGAACGAGUCGCCAACGUCACCGCUUUCAUCGUUGUCAACAUCGCAGAUAUCGUUGGCAGCAACUUAUGGCGAUUACAGCGGCGAAUGGAUAUCUUCAACAACUCUCGCCGAUUCAGCAGCGGCGCCAUCGUCGGCAACAACACUUCUAGAUGCUUACAUAGCCUCGUCUGUUUCGCUUCUACCUUCGUCAGUGUCAUCGGACACGGAAGACACGCCUACACAUGCAUACUCGGCGUCAACUACAGAUGUUUUUGAUGGAUUUUCCUCGUUUACGCCAACAAGCGACUACAACAACAUCACUGAUUUCUCAGGUGAGAUUUUAGUAGACGAAGAUGCGCUCAACUCUACGCUUAUUGCUGAGAUGGACGACAGCAAAACGGACAUUCAAUUAAACAGUAUUACUUCCCAACAACAACACUUUAUAACACUAAGUGGGGCAGGUUCAGAAACCGAAGAGCAGUCCCUGACCUCCACAUCACCAAUAUUUUCUGAAAAUAGCGUUCAGAGCUGGUCGCCAACAACACUCGACACAGAAGCGACAGCUGCUAGCUUUAGCGACUAUGCUGAGACAAUGUUUCCAACUCCAACAGCAACAAUUGAAACAGAAAGUGUUGCAGCAACAGCGAUUUUGCCAGAGGAUGUCAAUGCGACAAUGGAGACGCAAACUAACGCGGACGAUGCAGAUUUGUAUGCAACAAUGAAUUCUACCUCUAGUGAAACCGAAUCGGAAAGUAGCAGUAGCAGCGGCAGUUUCACCGAAGCACUGGCGGAUGUUGGUAGCACAAUAACCACAGCAGUUGUACAGCGAGGCAGCUACAACUUGAAGGGCGAGCACGAGAACAUCAUAAACGAUCCGAAGAUAAACGACAGUCACAUGUCGAGAAAACCUUCGAGCAUUGCCGCCAGCAUAGCAACACUUUUGUACAACCAAUUGCUUGCAACGCGUAGCAACAGCGAUAAUGAAUACGCUUGGAGGCCGCUGCGGGGUGAAGAGUACUCAGAUGAAGUAGACGCGGCAACCGUACGGCCAACAAUCGCCACCACAACAACCGAUUUCGCUGCUGAUGAUCGUGCGACAUGGUGGCAGCAUCAAAUGAAUCAUAGCGGCAACAAUUUUUGGGACAAAGGUUUGGCUGAUGCCCCACCCAGUGUGCAGAGCAGUGACUACAGCUUGCAUAAACACAACAAACACAGGAACAGAAGCAAAAAUAGGCCCAACAGUCGAAACGGAGACAGCAGAGAUUUUGAAGCAGUGUCUCAACAUCCCUUGCAAGCGCUACUGGCAAGCAACUCCAGCCUUAGUUAUACCAAAAAAUACUUGGGAGAGGGAAAGUUGCAGCGACAAGGCAGCAAAUCGUACGGUAAUAGCAAUAAGUUGCAGCCACAGUCGGCACAAACAGCACAAGAGUACUCGUACAGCAGCACAAUCGCAACAACGCAUUCCGCAACUGCAACAAUUAAAACACAAGACGCAACGAAUGCCACAACUGUUUCAGCAACAACGACUAGGCAACACAUUUACCCGCUACAUCAAUUGCUGGGCAACAAAACCAUUGCGCCCUUCAACAGUCAGCCGCAAUUAUUGCAAUUCGAUGGUAACAGUAAUCACUUAGUCCACACACCAACUGCAAAUACUUUCGUCAAAACAACCUCAUCGACAGCGCCUUCUUCAUCAACUGUGGCCAGCGACUCCACGCCUACAGCGGCGGCAGCAGCUGCGGCAGUGACCACCAAAAAGACGAUACGCAUAUCGACGCAGAAACUGCUAGCCACACCCUUUCACCAGCUGACCUAUGUACGAAAUAACGCCGGCGACAUUGACAUCGACAAUAUUGACAACAUCAGCGUCUAUCCGGAUCUGUUGGAGGAAUCCAGCGAGGUGGCACAACAACAGUCCACAGAGCGUGUGGCAACUGACGCGACUCGCAACAGUCGGCUGACAAUCGUAAGCGGAUAUCUGCCCACUUCGGCGACAGCAAUGCUGCCCGAAUCGAUACGGUUGGCUAAGGUUAAAAUAAAUAAGGAAAGAAAGCGUAUGAUGAGCUUGCGGCAAAGGCACGGAAGGCGGCAUGCGUAGUCGUUGUCUGUCUUUAUGUGAGACUAGGAGGAUAAAGGGAAAUAGGAGAAAACACGCACCAAAAUACUUGUUUCAUGCGCGGUUGAAUAUAGAAAACGAAAGCGGAAAGUUUGCUCUCGAUGCAGAGUUUCUGAAAGCUUUCAAUAAAUUCUCACUAAAACUGUCUUGAAAAGUUUGUAUGUCGCAACAAUAGUAAAAAGCCCUAAAAGCUUUCAAAACAGAUGCGAAAUGAAGGAAAGCGCAAUGACAACUUGGGGUGGAGAGCAGUUAACAAUACAAGUUUUAAAAACUGUGCGCUUCUUUUAGAAGGAGAAAAAAUUUGGCAUAUUUUGCAAGCUUUGAGAUGACAUACUAAGAGAAAAACAACAGACCAGGAGAUCAUUUGAGAGCAAUGAAACUUUUCAAACUAAAUGUGAAAGCACAAUGUAAGCUUUUGACGAAAAGCUUUGAUCAUUUUUUUCUUCAACAUACCCUUUCACGAUUUCCAAUUAGGCACUUUGAAAUCAAGACAUAAGCGAAUAAAUUUGAUAAUCUUCACGAAACGACCUUUUGAAAGCUCUACCGUCAGAUAUUAUUACUUUGAGUUUUCUAUGGCACGCCCUUCAGUGUAAAAUUUAUAACCGGUCACCAUAUCCAUAUAUGAUUGUGAAAGCUACUCGGUAAAAGUUUUAAAGCUAAAAAUUCGCUCAUUUAUCAAAGCGCUUAGCAGUCAAUUUCUAUGUAAAGAGUUUAACGGUUUUUAUGAAAUCGACGCUUAUUGACUUUUGAUCAAUCUUAUAUUUUAUUAAAGCACUGGUAGCGAGGGGGAAUGACCAUUACUGCUCAAAGGCUGAAAAAUUAGGAAAGCGCCAUUAAGUUACUAAGCAAAAGCUGCUCACUGGCAAUGAAACAUCAAACGUUCCAUUUCCAGUUAUGAAUCAGAACUUCGACAGCUGAAAAAAUCACUCGCUUACAGCUCGAGCGAAACGAAAGCCGGAAUGGAAUCGUUAUUUUCAAAUGGGGAAAUGCUAAACACAUUUGCUCGUGCGCCGAGAAGAGGAAAUACGACAUUUUUGGAAAAAAUGCAAUAAGCUGUUAAAAAAAUAGUUGUUGUUUAAGAUUUGUACUGAAAUAUACAAUAGAAAGUGAAAAAAUAAUUUAAACUUAUGUGUUGCAUAACUAUUAUAUCUUAUAGAUAUUUAAAAUAAAAUAAAAAAGUAGUUAUAUAGCAAAAUUUGUAACCACAGCGUUGCCAGGCUAAUAAAUUUCACACAGCGAAAAAAAACACAGUCACGAACAAGAAAACACCGAACACGAAACAGUCAGCAACUGCACGCGUAUUGUGUACACUCACAUGCAUAUAUACACACACACUUACAUGCAUACAUAAACUCGAAAAUAUUGGGCGACAGAAACGAUUUCGCACACCGUACUGUUUUGUAUAGGAAAUCGAGAGUAAUUUUUUGAAUAGGCCGAUUAUAAUUUUAAAUUUAAAAAAUAGUAUAAAGGUGAAUGCAAAUUUUGUUGCAGAGAUUUAAUAAAUGAGACAAUAAACAGCUGGCAUAUGUAAUUUAUGGUAAAAAAAACUAUAUAAAUAGUUAUAAUGAAUAAAGAGUAAAGCAGACAACGCCACUAAAUAUGCGAAAAUAAUAAAACAUAUGCUUCAAACAGAGAUUUAAAAAUAAAAAUACUUUCAAAAAAAAAACAAAAAAAAACGUUAGCACAAAAUUUUUGGCAGAAUUAUUACGAAAGCAUUAA